CCCCCCCCACAAGCCCCUUCGCCCCUUCCGCAACCCCCUCGGCCUCGCUUGUUUGUGGCUUAGCGCGGAUCCAAUCCGCGUGGAGUCGAGAAUCCCGUGAACUUGUGCCUGAGGCUUAAAUAAUCACAUACAACUUCACUUCGCAUGAUGCAAUUAUUGCAAUCGUCACAUCUGGAUCAUUAAUCUGCCUAGCGAUUCAUCAUGAGAGCAUGCUAUCUGACUCUCUACACCGUAUCGUUUCCCCAUCCAACGAUGCCUCCGGAUCUCCCGUGACGUUCCUCGUGUACAUGAUACCUGGCAAUCCAGGCUUGAUCGAAUAUUAUCGGGAGUUCCGCGAUUAUCUAGCAACGAACCUUGCCACAGAUUCCAACAAAGUCCAAUAUGUCCUCGGCGGUCGCAGUCUCGGGGGUUUCGAAUUAAGCGCGCCCACUUCUCGGCCCAACGAUGCCACGUCCAGCACUUCUCCAUUCAACUUGCAAGAGCAAGUGUCCUUCGUGGAAACCCAGAUCAAAGCUGAGGCGAAGCGACUUCGAGAUGAACACGGCCAUCCCUGCGCAUCGACCAAUCCGCUUCGUAUCAUCCUCAUUGGCCAUUCCAUCGGCGCAUACAUCCUUCUCGAGAUCAUUGCUCGAAGGCAAGCUCAGCCAAAUCUCGACCACGGCGGCAACCCAACCGACGCAACCUUUGACAUUGCAGGUGGCAUCUGUCUCUUCCCGACGAUCGUAGAUAUUGCCAAAAGCCCAAGCGGGAGGAAAGUCUCGCUGCUUGCGAAUCUUCCUGGUGUUCCAAGCGUAGUCCACACAAUCGCCAAAAUGCUCUGCUUCCUGCUGCCCAGCAGCACUCUCCAGUCGUUCGUCCAAAGUGUGACCGGUAUGCCAUCUCACGGUGCAAGCGUUACCACCGCCUUUCUGCAAAGUCGGAAUGGCGUCCGACAAGCUCUUUACCUAGGUAAACACGAACUCAACGAAGUCACGCAGGAUAAAUGGGUCGAAGAGCAUUUGUGGAACAUCUCUCCCUCCUCCUCACCGAUCAGCUCACAAAGUAGCCAGUGUCGCCCGCCAAAAUUGUAUUUCUUCUGGGGCGACAACGACCACUGGGUGGAUAAUAGCACUCGCGAUGCUGUGAUUGCUGCUCGAGCCCGGCAGGCGGAUGCUGGGAAGGAGGAGGGCGGGCGGCCUUGGAUGGAGGUUGACGUGACGGGGUUGCCGCAUGGGUUUUGCUUGAGGCAUAACGAGGCUGUGGCGAGGAAAGUGGCUGGGUAUAUUGAGGAGAUUGCCGGCUUGUCUUCCGACAAAAGAGACAGACGGAAUAAGUGAACACGGGAUGCUCGGGGGUAUACUGUUUGUACCGCUAUGCUACCUGCAUGUACCCUUAGUCGUCCGCAUCUGAGAUCUCAUCCAAAGCGUGUCUUUGCUUUGCGUCAUGCGUCGUUCGUCACACCCGUCUCGUUCGCAGGCGCGCUUGUUGGAGCGCUUAUCGU